GAUCUCAAUACACCUUCCAUUUGGCCUCACCCGGCAUUCAACACUUUUUUCAAACAACAACAUGAAGUUUUCAGUCUUGAUCCUCCCCGUCCUGGCAUCAGGUAUCACAGCGCUCUACGUCCCCGACAAGCUGGUGCAAGCGUUCCUCAAGGACUCGUCGGAGGGAAACUGCUGCAACGAGACGCCCUGCUUCAUCGGAUGUCCCGUGGAGGGAGUAUUCCGCUAUCGCGUAACGCCCAUGUCCAGAAUUCCUGGGCCGAAAAAGAAGCUGACCCUUUCCGACAUUAGCCUAUCCAACAAGGCAACUCUCGCGGCUCAGGGACCAUUGUCUUCUUUGGCAACCAUUGGUGAUAAAAUAAACAGUGUUCUCAGUGUCUACAAGAUGCUUGCUUCAUGGUCCAGGGUGGUCCUCUUCAAGCUGGUACCCAGGGAUGGUCGUGAUCUAGAGCUGAGACCUACUCUUGAAUUACCUUUACGACCAUCGUGA